UCAGCCCUCGCGGAUAGGCCGGUUGUGGCGCGUGUUGAUGAUGUCAUUGGUGUGCUCCACGUGUGUUGUAGCCGCUGCGCCAGUGUUGUUAUUCUGAAGUUCCAGGUGACACAUGGAAUUUCAAAAACAUGUCAUUCGAAGAAGAGGAUAACAAGAAUACCACGCCUCAGUCGGGCGAUGAUGGAGCCAGCAAGGAAUUGUGUGUGGCAGGUGUGCAGGAGACAAGAGGCCAUAAUGGGACCCUGGAGGGACAAACUGGGACGAUGUCAAAGAAGCAGAUGAAAAGGUUAAUGAGAAACAAACAGUGGGAGGAAGAGCGAGAACUGAGAAAGCAAAAACGAAAGGAGAAGAAACAGAAGAGAAAGUUAGAACGACAGUGUCAAGCGGAGACUGGCACAGAGGGCGCCUUUAAGAAGCGCAUCCGGAAAGAAGUGGUGCCCAGCCAAACCCGCCUUGUGAUAGACUGCAGCUUCGACAGUCUAAUGGCGUUCAAGGAUGUCAAAAAGCUCCACAGACAAAUCCAGAGAUGUUAUGCUGAGAAUCGCCGGGCGGUACGUCCUGUUCAGUUUUAUUUAACAAGUCAUAGUGGACAGCUGAAGCAAAUCAUGGAUGAAAAUGACAAAGGAUGGGUGAACUGGAAGGACAUCCAUGUGUCUCCAGAGCAUUACGUUACAAUUCUGAAGAAAGAAGACCUGGUGUACCUGACGUCCGACUCUCCAAACACACUGAGCGAGUUGGAUGAGACAAAGGCCUACGUAAUUGGAGGUUUGGUCGAUCACAACCAUCACAAGGGUCUCACCUUCCAGCGGGCACAGGAGCUGGGGAUCGGACAUGCGCAGCUGCCACUUGGGACCUUUGUGAAGAUGAACAGCCGGAAGGUGUUGGCAGUGAACCACGUGUUUGAAAUCAUUCUGGCGUACCUGGAGAAGAGAGACUGGAAGGAAGCAUUUUUUACAAUUUUGCCACCAAGGAAGGGCGCAGUACCCAUUGGUCAGAGUGACACCAAAGAGGGGCAGACUGGCAUCGAUGAGGAGCAAGAGUCUGCCAGGGACUUGGAGGAAGAGGAGACCAAACGGCAACAUGCAGACAGCGAAGACGAGAGCCGUGAGGGUAACGUAGAUUGUAGCGGCCCAGCGUCACACACGUGACUCGCUGCAAACGUGUCACACUUGAGGGCACACGCAGAACGUCAUCACACACCCGUAAGGGACGUCACCGCCACAGAGGGACACUUUAGAUUUUCUUUUACGUGGACAAAAGCUUAAUGCCUCUUGGGUUUUACUUUUUCUAACCAGGAUUUAGCAAAACUUGAACGCCAUGCUGACCUUUUGAUUUAACAACCUGGGCAUUUAUUUUGGAAAGAAAUUGAACUUUAAUUUAGAGAGACGAGACGCAGUAUUCUACAGCGAGCCUUUGUUUGUAAAGAAAUCUCAGUCUUAUUGUUCAAAAUGUAAAGUUCUGCCUGCCUGUCUGUCUGUCUCUUUAUUAUAUAGCGCCUUUCAUCUCUCUGUUAUACAGUGUCUUCAUCUCUAGUUGUAUGUUAUAUAGCGCCUUUCAUAUUCAUGUGCCUUGUUUAACUGUUUAAUGUAUCAUAUAGGGCUUUUAAUAUUUAUUAUA